AUGCUAAACGAUAUAAUCAUACAGGUUGUUAUAGCUUCUAUAGGGGUAACUAUAGUCAAUAGUGAUAAAAUUAAAUUUCUUAAUAAAUUUAAAUAUGCAGUAUAUGCCCUAAUUUUUUCUUUUCUGGUAUAUAAGGGUAUACCAUGGAAAAGGGACAACUACUAUGUUUAUUUAAAUAUUACCCCGAAUGCUACAAAACAAGAAAUUCAAACAGCCUAUAGACAAGCUGCCAAAAUUUAUCACCCAGAUAAAAAUACAGACGAAUCUGCUGAUUCAUCUUUUAUAAAAUUGAAACAUGCCUAUGAUGUUUUAUCAGAUGAUGUGAGAAGAAGUAAUUAUAACAGAUUUGGCGACUAUAAAAAUGGUGAAGUUGACGACAACACUGCCACUUUGCUGAUAUGUCUUUCACUAGUUCAACAUGCCAUGUUUUUUAUUAUUGGAUAUUUUUUAUCAUAUCGUAAAAAACUAGAAUUUUCAAGACAGAUUUUCCUAGUAUAUAAUAUAGCAAGUUUUUGUUUCGAAUUGCAAUUUCGAUUUAUUGAAGAUGACACAACAUUUGAUUGGCUACCUGUUAUAGGAUAUUUAUUACCAUAUGAAAAAAUAAAAUUAUUAAGAAUGAUAUUUCCCAUUGUUUUUUUUAUAAGUAUAUGUAUUUCUGCUUAUGCAUAUACAGAUAGAAAUGCGAGCUUAAUUUAUUUAAUGAGAUCUAUAUUAUCCACAAAUCGAAUAAUUGUUGAAAGAUCUAAUGAUGUUAUUGAAUCAACUAAUUAUUUAAAAAAAAAUGGAGAUCAAAUAGUUUCAAAAUUACAACAGAUGAGAAAAACAGAUGGAUCUUCACUAUUCCAAAUUAAUGACAAAAAUAAUGAAAGUGACAAUAAAGAAUAUUUCGGAACUGAAAAUAAAAAACUACUUGAAAAUGUAAAAGAAUUUUCAUUAACCUUAGAUUCUCAACAAAUGAAUUUAUUAGAAAAAUGUUAUGAAAUAAUGAAGAAUAAACAAAUUGAUGAUAAAAAAGGAAAAAAAAAAUCAUGGUUUGAAUUUUUCUCUAUGCAAAUGAUAUUUGGAAUUAUAUUUGUUUAUAUCUGGCUUACUUCAAAAUAA